AUACACAGGACUGCGCUGCAUUGGCUCAAUGCUCCUAACUUUAAAUAGCCGUGAUCUUGAACUUGGAUGGGCGCGCGUGGAUUAACUGCUCAGGGUGAUAGCUGUGACACUUUUGCGCAUUGGGCGAACGCUAUAAAACAGCCAGCGCUUAGUCAGGGACUUGGCCUUUCGCAUUGUGAUGUAGCUUAUCUCGUUUCAGUCUGUGCUUCCUAUAUACAUCCAAGGUAUCUGCUGCAAUAGCAUAGACAGUUACGUGUGCGUUGCAUUGGCGAUACACAAUAACAUCUGCGACAAUACACAGGACUCUACGCAAUCAUGGCGUUCCGCAAAGUGGUGACAGGAAGCCUGCUUACAGCCGGAGGGGCGCUCGUGACUGUGUAUGGACUCUCGGAGCUCAUGGAAUAUAAGAAGCACAAGGCGCAACUCAGGAGUGUGGCGGCUGCCGAGCGCUUGACCCACGAGCUGCCCCCUUCAGGGAUGCCAUCGCGCGACGCCCAGCUCAUCAGCCUGCACACCACCAAGCAGUUUGACGUCCUCGUCAUUGGCGGGGGCGCCACAGGCUGCGGCUGCGCGCUUGACUCCGUCACGCGAGGUUUGAAGACGGCGUUGGUUGAGAAAAAUGACUUCUCCUCUGGGACGAGUAGUCGCAGCACAAAGCUCAUUCAUGGGGGUGUCCGGUAUCUCCAGAAAGCCAUCAUGAGGCUGGACACCGAGCAGUAUCGCAUGGUGAAGGAGGCUCUUCACGAACGAGCCAACUUGCUGGAGAUCGCACCUCAUCUCUCCACCCCACUGCCGAUUAUGCUGCCUGUCUACAAAUGGUGGCAGCUGCCCUAUUACUGGUUUGGGAUUAAGAUGUACGACUUGGUUGCUGGCAGCCAGUGCCUUCGGAGCAGCUACCUGAUCAGCAAGAGCCGGGCUCUGGAGUUCUUCCCCAUGCUUAAGCGAGACAAGCUUGUUGGUGCCAUCGUCUACUACGACGGGCAGCACAACGAUGCACGGAUGAACAUCGCCAUCGCUCUGACGGCCGCACGGUAUGGGGCGGCCGUGGCCAAUCACACGGAGGUGAUGCAACUGCUCAAAAUUGCAGACCCAGAGACGGGCAAAGAGAAAAUCUGUGGCGCAAGAUGCCGCGACAACUUGACUGGAAAGGAAUUUGAUGUUCGCGCCAAGUGCGUUAUCAAUGCAACAGGUCCUUUCACAGACAUACUGCGCCAGAUGGAUAACAAAGAUACCCCAAAAAUUUGUCAGCCAAGUGCUGGUGUCCACAUAAUAAUGCCCGGCUAUUACAGCCCAGAUAAGAUGGGUCUGCUGGACCCUGCCACCAGCGAUGGCCGGGUCAUCUUCUUCCUGCCGUGGGAGAGGACAACGGUGGCGGGAACCACCGACACGCCCACUGAAAUCACGGACACGCCCUCCCCACGCGAGGAGGACAUCCAGUUCAUCCUCAACGAAGUCCGGAGCUACCUCAGCCCCGACGUGGAAGUUCGCCGAGGAGACGUUUUAGCGGCCUGGAGUGGGAUUCGCCCUCUGGUGACAGACCCUAACUCAAAGGACACGCAGUCCAUCUCCCGCAACCACGUAGUGCACAUCAGCGAGAGUGGCAUGGUCACCAUUGCCGGUGGCAAGUGGACGACGUACCGCUCGAUGGCGGAGGACACUCUGAACGCGGCGAUCGCGGCGCACGGCCUGCGGGCCACGUCGCCGUGCCGCACCGUGGGGCUGCUGCUGGAGGGGGCGCACGGCUGGACCCCCACCCUCUUCAUCCGCCUCGUGCAGGACUACGGGCUGGAGAGCGAGGUGGCAAUGCACCUGGCCUCCAGCUAUGGGGACAAAGCUUUUCAAAUCGCCAAGAUGGCAAAGGUGACCGGGAAGCGGUGGCCCAUCGUCGGCAAGAGGCUCGUCUCGGAGUUCCCGUACAUCGAGGCUGAGGUGAAGUUCGCCAUCCAGGAGUACGCGUGCACGGCCACGGACGUGAUCGCGCGCCGCACGCGCCUGGCCUUCCUCAACGUGCAGGCGGCGGACGAGGCCCUGCCGCGCGUCAUCGAGAUCAUGGGCAAGGAGCUGAACUGGAGCGAAAAGCGCAAGCAGGAGGAGCUUGAAACUGCCAAGACGUUUCUCUACACUGAGAUGGGUUACAAGGCACGAUGGGAGCAACUUACAGACACCUCCGAAAUUAACCUCAACCCAGCCGAAAUCGAUCGAUACAAGAAAAGAUUUUUAAAGUUUGACAAAGAAAAUAAGGGCUUCAUCACCACCGUAGAUUUGCAGGCAGUUCUGGAAAGUGCCGGUGACCAGAUUGAUGAAAACACACUGCACGAGAUUUUGAACGAAGUGGAUCUGAACAAGAAUGGGCAAGUGGAGCUGAAUGAGUUCCUUCAGCUGAUGAGUGCGGUCAAGAUGGGCUCGGUGUCGGAGAGCAGGUUGGCCACUCUGAUGAAGCUGGCAGAGAAUUUCUCGGGAGCAGAACAGCAGCACAAGCCGCAGAGAGAAGCCAUCCCCGUGGCCCGGAGCGGAGGUGGACUCUAGUCUGCGUCAUCACCACAAAUUUCUUCUGAGUCUCUCAAGAGUUUUGUCAAAAUUGCGCACAUACCAACUAUAAGGCAGCUUUACUUUACAAUGCAAGUAGCAUAUGCAGUGCCUCUUUGCAGUCCCCGUUCGCUCUGGUGACCAAUUUAGUAGCAUUGUCGCAUCUGCCGCAAUGGGCCUUUCUUUAGUGCUCAUUGUUUGCAUGGCAAACGCCAGACGUGGUGCCAAAAUUGUUCAUAUGUUGACAGUGCCAUAAGAAUAUCAUCUUGUGCAUGUGUGUGAUGCAUGUAUGUUAUCAUAAGAUCAUUGGUUACACUGCGCAGUUUUAUUUGCGGACAUUGGUUCACUUUCAUCUAAUGGUUUCAAGCUGUGGCUAUUUGAGGUUUAUUUGCAUGAAGGUACAAAGUCUUAAACUCUUUGCUUGGAAUAUUUCAUUUUGCUUAAAGUAGUUUAUGUUCUUGUUUUUAUGAUAUUUUAAGGUUGGGUAUCUAUUGAUCUCAAUAUAAUAAUAUAUUGAUAUAGAGUUGCCAGAUUAUAUACAAUUUCAAUUGCUCAUUCAUACAUUUCACGUGCCAUAGCAACAAAACGCACAAGAGAAAGCAUGGACAAAUGAAUAGAUUUCCAUUGAUUGUAUUUCAUUUAUGAUUUUAUAACUUUUCUAAGCACUGCAUACCUUGAUUUAUGAUUGAUUGGGACAGAGUGCUGAAUGCAUGAUUGUCUGCUGUAAUGCUUUGAGGCUUAUUUUUGCUUAUAUUACAUUCACCGAGUGCAUUUCCUUCAUCCAUAUAUGUUCACAUCUCUUGUCUGCAGUGCACGACGUGAGAACAGUUGAGCAUGGAAAUACGAUCAACCCAUUUGUAUUGCAGGCAAACCACUCGUAGAGAGCCGUUCUGAUCUCAUGUCAGUCUUCGUUUUGUAUUUGCUUUAGCCAUAGGUAUCAUUCUGCUUCACUUGGCUGAGAAUCCCCUCUUUGUAAUAUAAGUGAAUGCAGUCUGUUGAGAUAAGACGUGAACUAUGGUGUGGCAAACGUGCCUGACAUCCAGCUUCAGCACAGGUGGGUUCCAGCUUAAGGAGCGAAGGAUUUGGAUGGCUUGGCAGAAUCCUGCUCCUGAUUGAGCGUGAAACACACAGUGACGCGAGUGCAUGGUGUCUGCAGCACUGUGCCAGCUAUUGCUCGAGGAAAUACACUGGGUGAGAGGGUCCUGGGCUACUGCUACAUUCAUCGCUGAUUUUUUGCAUGAAACUAAUUUUGCGCUGUAUUUCAGCCGAAUUAUCUACUGUAUGCAGUUGGUUUUGUUAUUGUACUAAAAUAAAACAAGCAUUUACAUGCUGUGUCUUGUAGUUGCAUAAUUUGUUGCAUGUAUAAUUAGGGACAAAAUUUCCUUAUGACACUAACUUAUUUUGGCUAAAAAAUGCUUAAGCUGAUUAUUGAACUGAAAACAAGUGUUAUUUGUUACCUAUCUACGUGACUUUACCGAAAGACCCAAAGAAUAUGAUUUAAAUAAAAUGAUAUUUCAGUGUCAGGCUAGUUAAAAUGAUCUUAUAUUUUAUUGGGCUAGUCUCCAUCUGUUUCAUCUAUAUGGAAGUGUUUCCCCCUCAUCUGGAGUUUCUGUCGGUGUACUGGUUUCUGUACACAUACACACUCGGCUGAAAACAUAUAUCAAGGACUCCAGAGCUUGGCCGAUUGUUGGUGCCGGUUAACCACGUUGCUGCCUUCCUGCUUGUCUAUGGUUUCUCGCGCCUUAGAGUAAUUCCUUGAGAGUGAGCGAAUACUGUGCGUGUUACAAAAUUCAAUUAUUAUUAUGAACUUCACACAGUGCAGGUCGGCAAUUUCAGAUUUUAUUACAACUGCCAUCACACUUCUCAUGAAGAGUAGAUUAAAACGUCACCUGUUGCACGCACCCAGAAUUAUGUACAACAUGCAGGGGCUUCCCUGAGACACAACAGCCCAUCACGUGACAUCAGAAAAACUACCUUCUGCAAUGCUUCGAUUUUUGGGCCUACGCCCUUCUACACCAGUCUGAAUCAAAACGGCCUGUGUGCUCAUGGGGCCACCUGUCUGAUAACACCUGGAUGAACUAUGCACCUGGGUGCUGUCGAAGACACUUUGGCAAGGGAAGGCAUUUUGGACACCAAAGUAGAAUGACAGACUGGGCAAAGCAGUUAUUAUUGUCAAGAGGUGGUGGGCGAAUGAAGGCCUACCUGGUAGCUCAUCACAUGGCCGUCUUGGUAGAGAUGGUGUCUUGGGUGUGUUUGCACAUGAGGGGACUAAAGUGGGGUCUGUUCGACCAGUUAUCAGCCAGUAACUCCCCAUUGCUCACAGGCUAAAAGCCAAUCCAAUUCUGGGUCUAUUCUUGUUCACCAGUGGCCUCUAAAUUAUGUAAUAUAAUCUCAAGUCGUACUCUGCUUCUUUUUCUUCAUCUUGAUUUCUGCUCCAUAGCUUUGUUCAUCUCUCGUUGUUCUCAAGAUGUGACCUGCCUGUUUUUACUUUAUUUAUUUUUUGCGUUAACAAGGGCAUCAUGACCCCUAGUUUUUUUCCUUAAUUAUUUUCGUAACUUAUUUCUGACUUUUAAAAAGCUUAUUUUUACAAACAUUUGGAAAACGUAUUGGAUUGCCAGUGGGGCCCCUUUCCAUUGAUACAUUAGACAAUGUAUCAGGUGGCCAUGGGAGACGGUGGUGGGUGCCGUGGAUGCGCAUUUCAAAAGGAAACCCUUAACCUUUUUCUGAGAAUAGGUGUGGAUAGAAAUGGAUGCAGGUCUCUUCAGUUUAGGAGGCCCAUUGUGAAUAGGUUGUGCUUCAAGGCCAGUGAUUCCGAGCAGAGGAAAGCUCAUGUAUCAAUAUGCUGGAGCACAGCUCCAUCAUGUUGGUUUUACAAUGGUUGGCCACGCAGUGAUGGUAGGGAAAUGUUUUUGUCCAGUAUGUCAAUAUGGCCGUAGUGGUGGUGAAUCAGCAAGGCUCGCCGAGCCUUAUUCUGGAAAUAGUCUUUCAUGUUACUCUGGUGGGUGGUGAGCCACGACGUUCGAUUCACGGCAAGGCAUAUGGUAUGUGUGGAUAGUUGCAUGGCAGAUUUGAUCGAUGGGAGAAGGUAAACCCAGGUGAGUGGACCUGCAUCCAAAAACCUUUGCCCACAUUGUUUCCAAGUUCAAAUAGUCACUAAAUCACUGGUUUUCAUCAAACGGACAACGUGAAAAGACCAGUUUAUUGGCUCUUCCACUUCAGGGUGUUUGUGAUGAAUUUCUUGAUUUCCCCAUGUGGUGCAUGUUCCUUCAAGUUUCAUUGAUCUCCAAGGUCCUGGAGAAACUGACUAUGGAAGGGGCACGAGCAAUCCUCAUCACUAAACUAAGGCAGGACGUCUUGGGUCUCAGAUCCCAUGGUUCUCUUCGAGGAUGAGUAUUGGCCUCUUCGUCUGAUAUCAGUGAAUUCAGAUUCAGUUGAAAGAGCGAGUUUAGAUUUCAAUAAUUUAGGGCCACUAUGAGAGGUGCAAAGUUUGAUUCUGAAGUGGUGGAUAUCCUCUGGUGCUUUUAUAACUGUACCAGGAAGGGUUUUGUUGUAUGAUGUGCUGAGAGACAUUUGAUGUAUCUUAUUUAAAAACAAAAUUGUGGACUGUGUUUUUAGUGGCAGAGGGACCUCUCUUUGGCCAUCCUGAAAGUGAGGGCCUCAACCAUAUCGGCUUCCCACAGUUUAAAGGAAUGGUGAUCGGUCCUUUAUGAAUAAUAGCAAGAUUUGCUUGGGAAUUAAGCAGCAAAAGCCGUUAAUUGUGGCAGGGUUUGCCCCUUAGAACCAGCACAGUUUGGAAUGCUCUGCAGGCCGUCGCAUGAACUACUGGCUACUUGUUCUGAGAAGCUGCUGACCAUCGAGGCAGUAUUGUGGCCAUUACAUCGGUGAGAAGGGUCCGUGAGAUUUCAGGCCUUUUGCCCGAAUCCUUGCUGGUAUUCGGUGGAAGCCAGGUUGCAUUUCUUGAAUCGAAUGAGGGCACGUUCCUUUUACCUCUGGCUGACUAAGGCAUGGCGCACGUAGGAUCUGAUUUCUAUUCUGUGCGGAUUGAUAAAGAUGCGGCUUCGAAGCAGCACACAUUGCUUGAUGUGUACGAGAGUGUAUCCAGGAAGCAGAGGCCAUGGUCGGAUUAGCAAGUGCAGCCUCUUUCACCAGAGCCACGGCAGUGUCUUGGGCAAGCAUGUCCGGCGUUUCCUUGGAGGAAAUCUGUAGAGUGGCAGUGUGAAGGCUUGUCGCAUACAUUCAAAAAAUAUUACAAACUUGACGGUGGGUUGUCAGGGUGGCUGUGUUGGAAUAGUGAUUCUCUCCCACGGCGGUAUCGAGAUUAAUCUAUUUGAAGUAAUCAAAUAGAUUAAUAUCGGUUGUGUUUGGAUUUUGUCUCACCAGUAGUAUAUUGGCUUUGGCACCGGUCUUAUUCGUCAUGAGGAGCAUAUUGACGAGCAUCGUAAGAAAACCUGGGCUUUAGUCACUUACGUCACGCCCGACUUUUGGAGGUGUCUGUUACACGCUUUACUCCCUACCAGCUUCCUUGUAAAAACGCUUCAUUUGGGUGGGUAGUGUUGGUGUUGGUGAGGACAUUUGUUCACGUUCUUGAUGUAUUUUGGCCCUGUUGAUGGUUUGUGGGGCGUCUUGAGGUAUUAUGGGUUUUUUUUUUCAAUGCGCGAGUUUCAGUGACCCACGGUGAUUGGUGGCUAGGAUAGUAAUUGUAUGGGCUCACGUGACAGAGCUGUUGCGUAUACUUCGGUAAUGCGAUGACGCCCCGGUGAGGUCCUUGUGUGAGCAUCGAUUUCUGGAUGCAGACACCAGGUGGCGCACUCCUAUACUGCUCAUGAGGAGCGUAUCGACGGCUGCACAUGAAUACAGGUGUCCCUCGAUUUACGAAAGGGAUGCGUUCUUAAAAAAAAACACGCGUAAACUAAUUUUCGUAAAUCGGAAUGACUUUUCCCAUUAAUUUAAUACAAAAUUAGGUGUUUCGGACAGUCGUUCCAACCCUACUCCUAAGCAAAAAAAAAUUCACAAUACAAAAUAAUAAUGAACUAUUUUUGCGAUUAUAUACAAAUGUAUAAAAAUAAAAAGACAUUCAACUUUUCAGGGAACUCGCCAAAAUGACUGGAAAGGCGAUGUGGAGGCGUUACUGUUGCACUGCACGGAUUCUGUGUUGCUCGUGGAUGGAUGAUGCAGCCUCCCGGACGCUUCUUGUUUGACAUGGCGCAUGCCAUGUGAGAUUUCAUCCGUGCGGAGAUUCGAUUUCGUUAAUCGAAACGUGUCUAUAGUUUGUCAAUUGCGUUUGCGUGAAAAUUCGUAAAACUGAAUGUUCGUAAAUCGAGGAAUACAUGUAUACAGGCUUUAGGUAACUAAAGUCCAGUUUUAUUCAGUAAAAUGCUUGACCAGCGUCAUGAGCAACGAUUGUUACGUGGUCGCCCUUUCUCUGUUUAACGAUGUAUGAUCUCCCGAUUGCUUCCAGAUUCAAUGUUUGCACACAUUUUAUUCCUGUGUCCUUUUUAUCUUCAUGUUCAAGGGCUACUACUUUUUGUAUAUUUUCAUCUUUUCAGUGGAUUCGUUUGCAAAUUCGUGCCAAUUAAUGUGUAAAUGACCGUAUUUUAUUUCAUAUGUGCAGUGGGCAUUGUGCUUUGAUUUUAGAAUUAUCUGUGAAGUGCACAAAUAAUUUGCCGUAUGUGAUAGGGCAGUACCGAUCAAUCCAUCGCAGUACCCGAAUACAAUAUCUGCUCCCCGCGUUCACCAACCUGCACUUACAAACGUGGUAAAGUAUGGUUAUUUUACAUCCACGACUCAUAGGAUGGCAAGGCCCUCAUCAAGCAGUGGGGACUGACACAAUUGACUAGACAUGCCCAUGAAGGGGUUUAAUUUUCCAUAUUUAAAUGUAAUCUGAAGUUGUUGCCAAAUGCAGGCACCUUGAUUUGUUGGAGUGCAGUACCCCUCUAUACGUUGCCAUGGUUACAAGUUUUUAAUGCAAUUUUGCUUUCAUGUACCGUCACUAAAUUUUUAUAUUAUGAGGCAACUUGACCAAUUCUACGUAAGGCAACGGAUCUCAUUAAUAUACUCUAGGCAAGAUAUCUCGGAUGUAUCUUUUUAUUUUAAAACAUUGUAUUUUAAUCAAUUGUAAUCACAGGUUGGUCCUAAUUGUAAUGACAUUUUGGCAAUCAGAAUUGUUAUGAGCUCUCAUUGUAGCAGUUCUCACGAAUCGCAUACAGUAUUAUGAAAACACAUACUGUGGAAGCAUUGCAUAAAGUCUGGUUGUUACACAAGUAUACGAGGUUGUACAUCUUGGAAGGGAAUUGGCUGAGGUUGAUUUGUUGCAUUUCCAGAGCUACAGCCUUGUUUGGUAAAUAGAAGCAUGAGUUUGUGAUUAUAUUAUGUAAUAUUCUAUUUCAAUUGUAAGAACCAAGUUUAUUUUUCCACGAUAAAUCCCCUCUAAAAUAGGCAAUCGGCCCAAAAUUGCUAAAUAAAUGUAAACUGUUCCCAAGCAGUGAAAUUGAGUUCCGUGGCUAACAAUUACGACUCAAAUAAUUUCACAGUGUAAGCGUGCAGCUCCGGCGACAUGUGUAUAGAGGAAGAAAUAACAACUUUUGGAAGGCCAACACACACCAAACAAUAGGGCAGGCUUGGGAUUGCGGAUGUCUGUCGAGUGUUCUGGUUUGUCACCGUGACAGCGCGUUCCCUCUCUGCUCUUCUCUUGGGAGACUGUCAUUUUAUCGCCAAAAGCAAUACAGUACUGUAUUUACAAAUACGCUCCUUACUCUGAACAUGCAUUACUUAGCAUAUUGAACACCUUCGUCAAUGACACUGCUCGAAACAGUAAAGUUAUAUAAAUUGCGACGUUUUUGGGGCAAUGGCACGACGCAAGUUCGUUGCCCGAAACGUCGCCGCUUGUACGUCAUCGUUUGGGCAGUGCUAUUGACGAAUGUCUUUGUUUUUGUUGUUGGUGAUUUGCGCUUGUGCACCACCGGCCAGCAAUAUUGAAAAUGCAUUGGAUGUUUUCACUUUUUGGGGGGAAUAUUGUUUACCAGUUUAAUGAUGGGUCAUGUGUCUUCUUGCCCACAGCAAAUCACCCAGAAUAUGCUCACCUCAUCUCACCAGAUCAUGGAAGCCAAGUUAAGUUGAGCCUGGAUAGUUUUGGAUGGGUGGACUACUCAUGCAUAAACAGGUUGCCAUCGGGAUGCAUGUCUACGUGGUGAGCGCGUGCAAAACAUUGCAGCAAACCCCACUGUUGUACCAUACUUAUAUGCUUUCACCAACCAACUGACCACGGUCAUGAAUGAUGAGCAAAUAAACCCCAGUGACCUGCACAAGCUUGGGGAUACUCUAAUUCAGCAGUGGAUUGACAUAAAUGGCUGUACAUAUGCGUUGACGCCUUGAUUCCAAGUUACUGCAUGUGGAUGGGAAAUAUCAAACACAUUUUCGUAAAAUUCACAUUUAGUCUACAUAUUUUGUCUGAUAAAAACACACGUAAACUACAUAUUACUAAAUCAUUGUGUGCACCCCUCCGUAAAACAAUUAUACACCUUUGUCCUGAGCUCAAAUAUAAAUAUCUAGGGGAGAAGAUCUUAUGUCUACAAUCAAACAUACCCUAUAAUUAACAUUACUGUGCCAAAAAGCCAACCCUAAUCCCAAGCUAAUUUCAGUCGGACUCCUAAUAGCACUGUGACGCCUGCAUUAUUAUCUGUUGUGUCAGGAAAAUACAGCAUGAGGAGUGGAGGCGUGCGGCAGUUAAGACAAGGGUAUAAUUUAUUAGGACCGAUGCUUAAAAAGGUGCGUUGGAUAGCAUUUUGCAUCUUGUUCAGCGUAUUUUGCAUAAAGUAAGUGGGCAUUAAUCAAAAGGUGCGUUCCAAGCACUUUAUUGUAAUUGUGGUCAUAUUCAGCCUUGGAGUAACAAAUAGCCAUUACUUGAAAGGUGCGAGAUAAGCACUUUUUGGUUUUGUUUGCACCCAAACUAUUUAUUGAAAAAAUGCAUAAAUGUGAAAGAGCGCUAUGCCUUUGGUUGUACAUACAUAUAUUUGAUCACUCCGGUAUAUCUUUUAGAAUAAUAAUAAAAAAAUGCUUUCAAGCCA